UUAAAUACCUUGUAGAUAAUCACGCUAGUGUUUGGGCAUGUGCAAGUUUUCAAGAAGUAUGGCCUUCUCCAAACAAUCUGAGAAUGUUUGACAGGGCUGCUGAAAAGGGUAACUUUGAAGCUGCUGUGAAGCUGGGAAUAGCAUACCUUUACAACGAAGGCUUGUCCAUCUCUGAUGAGGGUCGUGCAGAAGUGAAUGGGUUAAAGGCAUCUCAUUUCUUCAGUUUGGCAGAACGUCUGAAUGUGUGUGCAGCCCCAUUUAUCUGGCUUUUUAUUCGCCCACCCUGGUCCGUGAGUGGGAGCUGCUGCAAAGCUGUGGUCUAUGAGAGUCUUAAAGCAGAGUGCCAGUUUCAGAAAGCUCAGAAAGGAUCUAUUCUUCAUUGCUUAGCUAAGGUUUUAAGUCUCUUUGAGGUGAGUAAUAUUUGUUUCCUGCUGACAAGACUUAGUAAUUAUGAAAGUACAAUUUUAUAAUCCAGACUUCUUCUAUGUCUCUUUAAAAUGCUUGGUGUGCUGUGUUGUUACCUUUAUGCAUGAUCAGUCCAAUUGUUACUUACUUCUUCCAAGGUGUGUUGUUAUUUUUUGGUUUUGGUUUUUUUUUAAGGCUGAGGAGCUUAAAUACCUUUUCUUACCCUCUGUUUAAGGGAUGCUGUCAACUCUAGACGUUGUCAGUUGAAAAAAAUUAAGUAGUUUUAAGUAGAGGUGCACCGAUACAUCGGUCUGAUAACGGACCGGUACCAAUAUGAAG